AUGGCUUCGAAUUCAGUUCCAUCCAAUUCUCCAACAGAUUUCUCAUCUGUUCUCCAUAAAUCCCCCUUUACCACCAUUACAUCUGCAGCCACACUGCGAAUGCUAAAGCUUACACAUAUGAGCUGGAGAACAAAAUCUCAUGAUUGGAAGAAGAAAAUGAUAGAAUCAGGAGGCAGAAGUGUUACUGUGAUAAGAUCUGGAACAAAUGAUGGAAAACCUUCUGGUGUGGUAAAAAUUGUGGAUUGUGGCGAAGUUAUUGAAGAUAAGAAGAAUAAUGUAGUGGAACCCGUAAAAGAUACUUCUUCUGAUGACAGUUCUGAUAGGCGAGUAAAAAAACGUCGUGGAUCAACUGUCAGGGAGAAAUUGAGGAAACAAAGGAAGUCCUCACCAUCUGAUUCAGAUUCUGAUUCUUAUUCUUCGGAGAGUGAUUCCGAUUCCGAUUCGGAGUCCGAAUCAGAAGCUGAUUCCGACUCUUCAAGUUCAUCUGCUGGUGGUAACAGGAGGAAGAAGAGAUCAACAAAGAAAGAAGUCAAACAGCGUAAGAACAAACGGAAAGAAAAGAGACGGUUGUCUGGCAAAAGAUCAAAAAGAAGGAGCUCUGGGAGUUCAAGUGAAACAGAAAGUGGAAGUAGCAUUUCUGAUGAUGGAAAAGCGAAUUGA